AUGACUGGCUCGUGGACCAAAAGUUUGUACCAAAAACUGAGUCGGAAAAAAACGUAUGUGGAAGAAGUCGGAGUCGAAAAAGACAAAUUUAAACGAGUGUUAAACGUCGUGGAUUUGACCGCCUUGGGCACAGGUUCCACGUUAGGAUUGUGGUGUUAUGUAUUGGCAGGAACAGUAGCUAAGUCGGUUGCAGGCCCGGCCGUUGUAUUGUCUUUCAUUUUGGCUGCGACCGUAUCUUCGUUUUCAGGAGUUUGUUACGCAGAAUUUGCUAGCCGAGUGCCCAAAGCUGGAUCCGCAUACGUUUACAGUUAUGUGGCAGUUGGCGAAUUUAUUGCGUUUGUCAUCGGCUGGAAUUUACUACUUGAACACACAAUUGGUACCGCUGCUGUCGCCAAAGCGAUGAGUAACUAUUUAGAUUCUUUACUAGGAGACCCUCAGAAAAGGUUUAUGAAAAAAAAUUUUCCUAUACACAUGGAUUUUUUGGGAGAAUAUCCGGAUGUCGCAUCGUUUUUGUUUAUUAUGUCUAUUGCUUUGGUCGUGGCCUGGGGUGUUCGUAAAUCGUCUACCCUGAACAACCUUUUUACCACAUUGAACUUAGUGACCGUGUGUACGGUCAUCGUUAGUGGAUUUUAUUUCGCGAAUUUAUCAAAUUGGUUCAUCGACAAAAAUGAUAUCCCGCCUGGAGUAAACGGUGGCAAUGGCGGGUUCCUGCCUUUUGGCUGGACCGGAAUGAUUGCAGGAGCCGCGAGGUGUUUCUAUGGGUUUAUCGGUUUCGAUUCGAUUGCAUCAACUGGCGAAGAAACGAAAAACCCCAAGAGGACCAUCCCGUUGGCAAUCGUCUUGACGCUGUUCAACGUCACCGUCGCGUACUCGAGCGUAGCGUCGGUAUUGACGCUGAUGUGGCCAUAUUACGAUCAAGAUCCGAACGCACCUUUACCGGUUAUUUAUGAAAACCUGGGAAUGCCUGUUCUCAAAUACUUGGUCACCUGCGGUGCGGUAUUCGCGCUUUUUACCACAUUGAUUGGAUGUCUGUUCCCGAUACCUCGAAUUCUCUACGCCAUGUCCAGCGACGGGCUGCUGUUCAGUUUCUUGGCGACGAUAAAUGAGAAAACCAAAACGCCUUUCAUAGCUUCGAUCAUUUGUGGUGUCUGUGCAGGUCUGUUGUCGACCAUAUUCAAUCUCGAGCAGCUCGUUGACAUGGCGUCCAUCGGCACGCUCCAAUCCUACAUGAUCGUUAGCGUCUGCGUGCUGAUCCUCAGGUAUAGAAAUACUAAUUUGUACAUCCGGGAUUCAGACGGUCUUGAAGAGUACACGAUUGCCAUGUGGUUAAAUGUAUCGAACGCAAAUGUUACAAACAGGGAAACCCAAUACGUGUCGAGAGUAUUGAUUACCAUUUUCACGUUCACUGCAGGCAUAUUUUGCAUUUGCGUAGUAAACUGGGACUCUCAUCAAGGCACCGCCCAGUUAAUACUAGGCUUCAUAAUUUGUUUGUCAAUCAUCAUCCUAUUGGUUGGUAUGUUAAUGUUGAACCGAAUUCCACAAGCAAUCGAAACGUUACCGUUUAAGGUGCCUUUUGUUCCAUUUGUACCAUGUUUGAGUAUAGUUCUCAACUUGUAUCUGAUGAUGGUUUUAAAUUUCAAGACUUGGAUAAGAUUCAGCGUGUGGCUAGUAGUAGGAUUGUUGAUAUAUGGGUUCUAUGGACUGAAACACAGCAUAGAAGGCGUCCAAGAACAGACCACUAAAGUUGAAGAAGGCAGAAACGAACAAAAAACUUCUAACUAA